GCCUACACACACACCCCACACCCCGCCCGCACUGUCUAGAGGCGUCCGUCAAUAUGCCUUUACAAAAGUGUCCUAAGUUAAGCAGUGGGUAUACUGAUGUAGCAAAAUACACACAUUAAUUAAUUAAAAAAAAUAUAGUGAGGUAGUGCAGUUAUAAUCAUAGUACCCCACUACCAAGAAAUCGGCCACAUGUAUAACAAUAUACUCUGGCCUAACAGAGAGCUUCCUUAGUGUAGUCCGGCAAGAAGAAGCGACCAAGAUGGCGGCGACAUCAGCAGCGAUGAGGCGUUUCGAGCAAAACCUUUCCUCCAAAAAUCACCAAGUACCGGACUGGACCGGCAAAGAACUCAGCACCGGGACCACCAUCAUGGCGGUGGAGUACGACGGUGGCGUGGUCAUCGGCGCUGACUCCCGUACCACCACUGGAGCGUACAUCGCCAACAGAGUGACGGACAAGCUGACUCCCAUCCACGAUCGCAUCUUCUGCUGCAGAUCUGGAUCAGCUGCAGACACUCAGGCCAUCGCUGAAGUGGUCACCUAUCAGCUGGGUUUCCACAGCAUCGAGCUCGACGAGCCCCCGUUGGUGGAGACGGCCGCCAAUCUGUUCCGAGCGAGCUGCUACCGCUACAGAGAGGAGCUGACCGCCGGGAUCCUGGUGGCCGGCUGGGACCGGAGGAAGGGCGGACAGGUGUACUGCGUUCCUAUUGGUGGGAUGCUGGUGAGGCAGCCGGUGUCUGUCGGCGGUAGCGGCAGCUCGUACAUUUACGGCUUCAUGGACUCCAACUACAAGGUCGGACUGAACAAAGAGCAAUGUUUGGAGCUGACUGCUGCAGCUUUGUCGCUGGCCAUGGAGCGCGACGGCUCCAGCGGCGGCGUGAUCAGAAUGGCCACCAUUUCCGAGGAGGGUGUGGACAGACGCGUCAUCCUGGGAAACCAGCUGCCCAAGUUCUCCACACACUGAAAACUCACACACACACACGUUUACUUUGUCAAUAAAAAGUUCGUCAGAAUCCUCUUUAUUUGCCAAGUAUGUCAAAAACACACAAGGAAUUUGUCUCCGGUAGUCGGAGCCGCUCGAGUACGACGACAGAGAAUACUUUUGAGACAUACAGUCAUAAAAAACACAGUCACUGAGCAAUAAAAGGUUACCAGUUGUGUGGUAACGCCGGUACCAUUGA